AUGGACGAUAUAGCCCAUGUAGCAUGGUUAGAGUUGGAAAUCAUGGCAACUCACUGCCUGUUGGACGGACAUGGUUUCCUUCCGCGGUUCAAGGACGAGAUAUAUGGGCUAGCUAGCACAUUCCUCGGCUAUCAGGAUGUCAUCGAUACUGCGCACCGUGAGGUCGAAGCGGAGCUCAAUAAGGAUCCACGGAUCAGCUUAGACCCAAACGGUGGAUUCCGGUUUCCUGAUACAGCUAGUUUCGAAGAGGACCCAAUGGUACAACAACGAAUCGCAGCUCUACAGGAGGAACGUGAACAGAUAGAUGAGGCUCUUCGACCAACAGACGACGAUGAGGAUGGCACGACCCAAGACCCACCUAUCGGUGCUUUGCUGAGAGUGAUGGAAUAUACUGCAGGUCCUGCUGGAGAAUUUGCGCUUCUGACAAGCAGGCAGUGGCUGCAAGACGAGUUGCUGCGGUACGGACGGCGGAGGGAGGAGAUCAAUGCUGAGCUCAGGCGGCAGCAGUGUGCUGUGCUGGACUUACAAAGGAGGAAUCGUGCUCUUGGUGUGGACUGGGUUGGCGGGUGGGAACUGGGAAUAGGUUCCUAUGGCUUGGCACAGGCGUGGGUGAAGCGGGAUGAUCAGGAUCGUAUUGUUGAUCGUGUGGUUAUCAAAGACUCGAAUAGCAGGGGGGAAAAAGACCGGUGGAACGACGGCUGGGGCAUAGAUCCACGUGACCCUCAAGGCCGUGACACUCUUCCCAACGAGAUCUUGGCUAUGUAUGGCCUUCGCGGUCGACAAGGUGCGGAUACCAUUGUUCACAUACGUAAUGCCCGUCUAUUGUUGGAACAGCAAAGGAUGUUGUUAUACCUCGAGUACUGUCCGUACGUCUAUGUGUACCGGUGGGCCGAUUGGUACAUCGAAUCGACUGCCAAAAUGAACACCUUGAAAGCUUUACAGCCAUUCCACGCAAGUCGUGAGCAUAUAGAACAUCGAUGGCUUCCAGAGGCUUUUCUAUGGUCGAUCUUCGAAUCCCUUGCCAUCUCUGCACUUCUGCUCGAGCAUGACGAGCUAGGCGCAAAUCCUAUGCAGGCCUGGAAUCCGAUAUAUCAUCUCGACUACAAGGCUUCCAAAAUACUGCUCGGAGUGCCUUCAAAGGAGAGAUACAAAGGCUACCCUCUUGCGAAGCUGACGGACUUUGGCCUAUGCUGGAUACCAGACCGACACACAGUUUUGCAGCCGGAUGAACAGGUGGGUACAAGAGGUACACCAUACAAUGCCGCUCCGGAGCAAAUCGAACACAUUUACGACCAAGAAUUACACAGACGCCUCAUUAAUGCAAAAGUCAACGUCUGGGGUGUCGGCAUCGUAAUAUGGAGCCUCAUCGAACACGAGGAAGGCGACCAUCGUUUAGCCUUCGACAACAGGUGUCAGCCGGUGCAGGACUACGAUGAAGGUGUCUGGGAACCGCAAUUUCGUGGGCCGGCCCAGGGGCAGUAUUCGAAGGUCUUGCUUGACAUGAUCUCUGCAACCACUCACUACUUGCCCGAAGACCGAUUGAGUGCCCGCGAGCUUCUACGGCAGAUCAAAAGGAACACCGGUGGCUCGGAUGGACAUGAUCAUGCGGGAGGUAUGCGAAAUGUAGCAAAAGACAGCGACAAGUGGCAGGCGCCAGAUAGGGACAUGAGCAGUUUCCUACGCAAGGAUGCGUUUGCAAUCAAAGGUAAAGUGCCGUCGGGAGCCGUCGCGGGCGACCCAGUGCCGGAAGGUAUGGACAAGGAGAGCUUCAGGAUACCAUCGCCUUGGGGCGGAGGAGUGCAAGUGGAGGAUGAGAUAGUCGGUGGAGGAGCGUGGCCAGGAUAUCGGGCUCCAGUCCCAAUACAGAUCCCCCCAGCGUCUCUAGCGUCUCCAGCGCCCCUAGCGCCUCCAGCACCUCCAGCACCUCCAGCACCCCUAGCGCCUCCAACACCCGUCCGUGUGCCGAGAAGUUGCGCUCAUGACCCCCUGAUCCACGACAAGAUCUAUUGCUGGCACGCCUGCUGCAAGCGCAACCUUCCGGAUUAUGUUAGACGUGGUUCCGCUGCUCUGGUAAAGAGAGGCUAG